UCUGAAAGCAGGUUUAUUUCGAUUACAACUCCAAUCGACUGUAGAGCCUCGAACUACAAUGCAACGGAUUAUUCCAGCGAUCACUGCAAUCGCAAUAUUGUUCGUACUCGAAACGCGCGGGCAACACGGAUUUACAGAAAUCGUUGGUACAGACAAAGGGUUUGUGCGCGGUGUGUUAUUGAAAACGGUGCAAAAUUCGGUGGAAUAUUCGGCGUUCAAAGGGAUUCCGUAUGGCAAACCACCGCUUGGAUAUUUACGAUUUAAGCCUCCAGUUGAAGCGGACAGUUGGGAUUACACUCUGGAUGCCACAUCUGAACCGGAACGCUGUCCUCAAUUUGCCCCUAGAACUGCACAUUUGACCGGUAAUGAAGACUGUCUCUAUCUCAAUGUCUACACGCCAAAGACGAAAUUUAAUUCCACCGAUGGAGAAUUAUCAGCGGUAAUGGUGUGGAUACACGGUGGUGGCUUUUACGAGGGGACUAUCAACAGUUCUGUGUUCGGUCCUGAUUUUUUAAUUGAGGAUAACGUCGUUGUGGUUGCGAUGAAUUAUCGUCUCGGUGCACUAGGAUUUCUAUCUCUCAAUCAUCCAAAUGCUACUGGCAACGCUGGACUGAAGGAUCAAGUGUUGGCGUUGAAGUGGGUGCAAAGGAAUAUACAAAACUUCGGGGGUGAUCCCACUGCAGUUACUAUAUUCGGACAAAGUGCUGGAGGGGAUUCUGUUGAACUGCACAAAGUUUCGGACAAGUCCGCAGGACUAUUCAAGGGAUCCAUCGCCAUGAGUGGUUCGCCAUUGAACCCUUGGGGAUUUGCAACAUUAAACAGCGCUCUCUCCAAAGCAAUUGCUCUGGGUGAGGAACUAAAUCUAACGACAACGAAUGUGGAGGAUUUUCUCCGAGAUCUGUACGAUGUACCUGCUGAAGACUUGGUGGUGGCAACUUUUCGCUCGAUUACCGGGACCGAAAUGGGCUUCAUACCGACUUUGGAAAAUAGAGACGUAAGUGGUGAAGAGGCUUUCAUCACUGAAUGCCCAAUUCACAGGUAUAAAUCAGGAAAUUAUGUGGACUUGCCGCAUAUGCUGGGCACUGUGAGUUCGGAGACAAUCUAUCUUGCUCCAUCUAUUCUACACAAAAUUACUGGCCCACAAUCAGCGGCAACUGAAGAAAAAUCCAUUUGGGAUGAUGUCAGCCCUGACGUAAUCCAGCAAAGUGUUGUCAUCAGUAGUGAUCUGUGGUUUGUUGCUGGUGUUGAUCGCACUCAGCAGUAUUUGAGUGAAGGAAAGGCACCGGUUUAUUACUAUCGGAAUUCUUUCGACUAUGAUGAUGCACUGCACAAGCUGGAGGGUUCCCUGAUAAAUGGAACAGGACAUUCAGACGAUCUUGCUCAUCUAUUUUGGAUGUCAAAGAGGAAUCAGUCUCUCGAUCCUACUAGUGAUAUUGCCAUUCAACGGAGAAGAUUAGUCAGGCUGUGGACGAAUUUUGCUAAAUUCGGCAAUCCUACACCCAAUGGAACUGAAGAUGAAGUUUUGAGUACUCAAUGGAUGAAUUCGGGAGCUGAAGGAUAUCAUUUAGAGAUUAGUAAUGACGGUCUGAAGAUGGGACCCCGACCGACUGACAUGUUUGUGAAGAUACUGGGAGCAUUCUUGGGACCAGUCGAGGAAACCUUGAAUGGAUGCUCAACCAAGCGAUUCUGAUGAACAUUGGAAUUGUUUUUUGUCACAAGUUUUUUUGGUAAUACCUUCAAUUCCUACAAAUGGCCAUUUUCUAUAGAAAAAAAGGCGCAAAAAAUCUGAAGAGUUUUUCGAUAGAAUCUGCGAAAAACUGAUGACAUUAUUAAUAGAAGUUGGAUAGAAUUUCAAUAAAAUUUUCCAGCAAAUUUGCUACGAUUUUCUAAUAAUUUUUUUCGUGCAUCAUGAUCCGAAUUUUUAUUAACACUUCCGGAAAAUUGAUCUGGAAAACAAUAAUUUUUGUAAAAUCGAUAUCAUGCCCCGUUAUUGCGGCUCAGAAUGUAAUUAUUACUUUUUUUCCAUGACAACUUUUCUGGAAUAUCUGGAAUAUCUGGAUAUCUGUGUUUUUCCUGAGUUUGCGUAGAAAUUGUAUCGUUGAAUCUGGCUCACAGUGAUGAAUUGAUAAACUUUACAACAUUGAAAUAGUCACUCACUAGUCCGACCCUACAUAGUCUGUCUUCGGAAAUGUCUAGUUGCAUUCUGUUUGUCCCUUGUACCAUUACAAAUGACUGUUCAAAUCCCCUCCCACUGAAUUAUGCAAAUUCCAUCGUGGACAUGAACGAAACUGUCUUCUGCUACAAUAGCAUUGCAAUAAGUGCUGUUUACUUAUUAAAGAGUCAGACGUUU